GCAUAAACGAUGGGACCAGUGGUGUAAUUUGAGACUAGAGAGCAAGCCAGCAGCCAGCUCGAUCUUAGGGCCAAAAACCAAACUCCCCUAUUACCGACAAUCCAUAUGUAGUGGGAGUAGUAGUAGGAAAAGGUUGCAGCAGCUUCGCUCAAGUCUAGUUGAAACCUGGCUCUCUAUUUCUCCCCCGUUUUGCUUGCAAUAACUUGGAAGAGAGAAAAGGGUGGAAGGAAAAAAGAAGUAGAGGUGGUUGGGAGAAGCCACAGAGAAAUAAAUCAGAAGCAACUCCCUCUUAGCUACUCUGCAAAUGAGAGAGUGAGCCGGUGCCAGAGAGCUCUGUCAAGGGAGAGAGAGUUCUCCAUUUCAGGGAGUUUGGCAGAGCCUCCCCACCAGUCCCCAUGGAACCCGGUACAAAGCGCCCCUCCGGCCAGAGGGCUUGAUCUGCCUCCUUCGGGAGGGGGAGAGGCAAAGGCUCCUCUCCGUCUCAUCUGCCUCUGCGCCCUGCCGGGGCUGCUGCCAUCGGAAUGCCGCUAAGGCUGAACUUGGUGUGGCUGCUGAGCUGCUGGGCCAGCCUGUGCCGCGGCUACUUCGACGGCCCCCUAUACCCGGAGAUGUCCAACGGGACGCUGCACCACUAUUUCGUGCCCGACGGCGACUACGAGGAGAACGACGACCCGGAGAAGUGCCAGCUACUCUUCAGGGUGAGCGACCGGCUGCGCUGCUCGGCGGGCGGGGACGCGCAGCAGUGGAUGCCCUUCCAGCCGCCGGCGCCCAGCCUGACCCUGAGGGAGGAAUUCACCCUCCUGGGCAGGCAGGUGGAGGACGCGGCAAGGGUGCUGGACGGCAUCCGCAAGAGCAUCUCCUACGACCUUGACGGCGAGGAGAGCUACGGCAAGUACCUGCGCCGGGAAUCGACGCAGAUCGGCGACGCCUACGGCAACUCGGACAAGGCCCUGGGAGAACUGGAGACUAAGUUCCGGCAAGGGCAGGAGCACGAGAACCGCGAGGAGAGCCGCCUCAACGACGACUUCCUGGGGAUGCUGGUGCACACACGCGCUCUCCUCAAGGAGACCCUGGCCGUCUCGGCGGGCCUCCGGGACAAGUACGAGCUCCUCGCGCUCACUAUCCGCAGCCACGGCACGCGCCUUAGCCGCCUCAAGGCCGAGUACCUCAAAGGCUGAGCGACCUGUCGCCUGACCGCGCUUGCCUGACCGCCCCCCGCCACGUGUAGCUCCGCAGUGCGCCCCUGGUGACGGGGGAGAGAAGCGACUCGUCUUCUCCAAGCUAUUCUUCCUGUUCUUGCCAAUGCGGUUGCAGUACUGCAGGGAUUUCGUCUAUUUGUUGCAUUAGCAGAAGUUUUCAAAUAACUUACACCAGCUGUUCUGCAGGCGGGCGGGGGGGGGGAGCUUUUCUUCUUAUGUUUUUUAAAUUACGCGCUUGUGAGUCACAACAGGCGCCAUCUCAGAAGAGGCAUUCCCUCCUGUGUUAAAUGAGUAAUGCUUCUCCGAUGGCGCUGACAUCCCGUUAAUGUUUAAGAACUUCCAUUAAAAAUAAUUAACAAUUUAAGAAAAUAAACUUUUUGAGGAUUCAUCAUGGGCAUCAAUCUAUCAAAAGGUUUUUAAUCAAUGGAUCUAACUCGUAUACUUACAAUCUAAUGGAGACUUUCUUCAGUCUUCAACCAUUGAUGUCUGUGGAUUUUAGGCAAUGUCACCAUGCAUAGGAUUGCACUUAAUGUUGCAACUUUAUAACUAUUGUUACUAUUAUAAAUUGUUUUUUGUCAAUAAUAUAAUCAUCCAUGUGUAGCACUUUGAAAUACUGAGUCACAGUAUUUGAUCCACAGUUUUUUAUCACGUGUGGAAGACCCACUCAGCAGAGAGGCAGUAGUUUGGCUCGGGAUAGCUUUGGGAGGAUUAUUAAAAGACAAACUAAAGUACUUGUGGUACCUCAUGAUGGGUACCACUUUUGCCAGUGAUAAAUACGACCAAAAUGUUCUGCCUCCUGUAUCUGCCACCUUUCUAACAAGCAGGAAUUCAACAUGUGACUUUCCCUUACUGCUUCAUCACCACGCCAGUAAAAGCUUUACUUGCUGGAUUUUCUCCUCCCAUAUAAGGCACGAUAUGCCUGUGGGGGAAAGGAUGGUAACACUGUUUCAUUGUGUUUACCCCCACAAAUAAACUAGGAAGCAGGUAAUUUUGAUGUACCUGUCCCAAGUGAAGGUAUAAAAACAAAGAAUGGUUUACCAGCAGAUUUUUAAAGAGUGCAUAUUCCCAUAGCCAAAUGUAUUCCUGUUUAGCUAAUUUGUGGUAUCAAAAGUUUUAUUUAUUGUGAUGAUAUAAUAAUGUAUGUAGCAUUUUCCUUACUCAAGUUUUAGAAACCUUACUGUUCACAAGCCAGCAACAUUAACCCAUUGAUUUUACUCUGCUGGUUUGUGAUCAGUGUGUUAACUUUCUCAGUAUCCUAGAAAAUAAGUGACUGAGGUCAUCAGAGAGUGAAUUGCUUGCAGUUUUUGAACAUUGUUCUUUGUUCCUUUCCCAUCUCAGAUUUGUAGAACUUUGUUGAAUAUAUGUAAGAUGCCCCAAUAUUACAAACAUUUGUGACAUUAUUAGUAAUAAUGUAUAUAGCACUUCUAACCUCACAUACCACACCCCUAAUAUAAGUAGAACCAUAGCUGCUUCCACUCCAAGGGUUUUCCACAUUUCAGCUACCCAACAGAAGCAUUUUUUUUUCAUAUUUGCACAUGAUGUCAUUCUCUAUAUGUCUACAGACUAUUAACAGCCUAUUCCUCUCCCCCCCCCCCCAAAAAAAAAUACUUUAUUUUAAAUCUUUAAAAAUUAUGUUUCCUAGGCAAGAUGUUAUCUGGCAGGAGCAGCAUCUUGUACUGUCUGAAAGGGAAACAAUUCACUAAAGGACUUCUGUGAAGUGCAAGUUGAUGACUGUAUUUAUCUUUUUAUAAUGGCAAGGAUUUAGUUCCCAGUAAAAGUUAACAGAAGAGAAUCACUGGUUUUUUAGACAGAGGAAAGAAAGUAGUUGGAGGAGGAGGUUUUUUUAAAGCUAUAAGGGUAUUGCAUUAUUCCUGUCCAGUGUUAUUCAUGCUCAUGUUAGAAAGAGAGAGAGAAUAACUUACUGCUCAGACUGCCUUUUAGGGAGUGGGGAGGGAAUUGACACCAGUUUCUGCAAAUAUGUGGCUUUAAAAAAAUUAAAAAGAAUUAUUUCUAUUCAGUGUUACCCAUGUUCAUCAAAAUAAAAAUAACAGGGUGGAUGUGAAUCCUGAGUGUCACGUGAGAAGAGAGUGGGGGAUGGGCUUUACUGCUUGCCAGCUUUGAAAGAGAAACCACAGCUAAUAGUGAAGACAAAACAGAUUACCUUGGACUGUAUGGAAUCUCUGUUGCAAGAAUCACAUCAGAAUUUGACUGCUACAGAAUAUCCCCCUGGUGUGGAAGUCACCCAUAUACAUUGUGUUUUGCCGACUGUAAUAUUACUCAGAAGAAAUCAAGCAGUCUGUCAUUUCAAGUAUGGAUUUGUAUUAUUGGCUUUUUAAAAUUGAGAGGCUUUUUUAAAGCUAAGAAGCUUCUUGCAGCUAUUAGGCCUCCCACAAAAAAACUAUCAAAUUUGCCCCAACCUCUUCCCAUUCUUUCCACUCCUUCUUUCUGCAGUAAUUAUUUAACAUGCUGCAGAGGGAUUUAGUAUAACUGGAAGCUACUGUUGAGUCUAGCAUGGCUCUCUCCCAGUUUUAACUUUUUCACCAUGUGGGAGAGAUCCCCACUGAACUGCCAACAAUUCGUACUGUCAGCCACAUUCUUUAAGCUAGGAUUGCCAGAUCUGAAUUUGAAAAGUAAGGGAUGUUACAUAGUUGUUGGUGUGGCCACAGUGUAGAGUUCUGUUGGUGCUUGAGCUGUCUAAUAAUAACAGUCUGAAGAAUUCUAAAAUAAUGUUUGUUUAAUUACAUGGAGUGUCAGUUUUCCAGUGCUUAGAAAUAAGGAACAGAAAUUAAACAGAAAGGUUGUAACAA